AUGCUUCGAUCCACAUCUAGCAAGCUCUCCCGCAAGUUGCUCCCCGCUCUCCUCCUUUCCUUCGCUCUCGCCCCUACGUACGGCUCUCCGACCCCAGCCAGUCAAGCCUCCGAGCCAGCACCCACCGUCCCAUACGCAAGCGAGAACCCCAACCUCGAGCUGUGGAGUGCCAGCUCUUCCAUCAUUCCAGAGGCCAUACGCGAUUCGCUCGGCGCGACGGUCCUAGGUGCACAGAACAUCCCCUUGGAGCUGCAGAACCCAGAUUUGCUCGCACCCCCGACUACCGACCAUGGAGAUGUUCCGAACGCGAAGUGGCCGUUUGACCUUAGUCACAACCGCUUGCAGACGGGAGGGUGGGCGCGCCAGCAGAACGUCAAUGCGAUGCCUAUUGCCAAGGGUCUUGCUGGCGUAGACAUGCGGUUGGAGAAGGGCGCUAUCCGGUCGCCGACUCCGCACAGCGAGCUGCAUUGGCAUAACACCGCUGAGUGGGCGUACGUCCUGAAGGGCACCGCACAGAUCUCGACCGUCAAUACGGAUGGUCAGAACUAUGUGAAGGAUGUGACACAGGGUUCGCUAUGGUACUUCCCUCCAGGGCAGCCUCACUCUAUCCAAGCCACAGGCGAAGACGACGCGGGUGUCGAGUUUCUACUAGUCUUUAAUAGCGGAACUUUCAACGAGGAUGAUACAUUCUUACUCACGGACUGGCUCGCACACACGCCCAAAGAAGUCCUUGCGAAGAACUUCCACGUCAGCCAAGCCGCCUUCGACCGCAUCCCCAGCAAAGAGCUCUACAUCUUCCCUGGAACUCCCCCCGCUAACGAGGACGCCCCCGCAAGUCCCUACGGCGAGACACCUGAGCCGUUCACCUUCGACUUUGCGAACGUCGUCCCGACGCAGCACCCCGGCGGCACAGUGAAGAUCGCCGACUCGCGCAACUUCAAGGUCUCUACGCAGAUCGCCGCUGCGGAGGUCUCGAUCGAGCCCAGCGCGAUGCGCGAGCUUCACUGGCAUCCUUCCGACGACGAAUGGACGUACAUAUUGGAGGGCUCUGCCCGCAUCACGCUCUUCGCGGCGAGCGGCAACGCCAGGACGUUCGACUAUGAGGCUGGCGAUAUCGCAUACAUUCCAGCUUCGUAUGGGCACUACAUCGAGAACACUGGGAACGGCCAGCUGCGUCUCCUCGAGAUCCUUAAGACUGACGUUUUCAAGGACAUCAGCUUGAUGCAGUGGCUCGCGCUGACACCGCCGGAGCUUGUCAAGGCGCACCUCGGCGUAUCCGACGAGACUAUUGCCCAGUUCAGUAAGGAGGAACAGUUAGUUGUCGCUCCUUUCCCGUGA